UCCCGGCAGAGGCCACACAGCUCCAGAGCUGGACACUGCCGCCCGGGAGCCCAGCAUGCCGGACCACAGGGAGGCCCCGCAGCACAGCCAGCAGGACCCGGACCCGGGAGACCCCCCACGGGACAGCCAGCAGGACCGGGGCCCGGGGGCCACCCGACAAAGCCUGGGAGCGAGGCUCCUGAGCAGACUGCGGCCCGGCGGGCCUGGGUGCGCUCGCUCGCUCAGCGCGGACCUGCGGCCCCAGCACGGCGUCGGGCCCAGCGUGGGAGAAAGCCCCAGGACUGACAGGCAGCCGCUACCCAGCCAUGGCCUCCCACUCCCGACGCCAGAGAAGGCCAGGGAGGCCCCGCUGCUGGAAUCUGCAGAGGCGGCGCUCUGGACCACGCAGGCGGACGGGCAGGUGCGCCUGCGCAGAGACCCCGGGUGCGUGCCCCCCCGCACCGUGCACCGGAUGUUCCAAGAGGCCCUGGCCAAGUACGGGCCGCUCAGCGCCCUGGGCUUCAAGCGCGAGGGCCGCUGGGAGCACAUCUCCUACGCCCAGUACUACCUGCUGGCCCGCAAGGCGGCCAGGGGCUUCCUGAAGCUCGGCCUGGAGCGGGCGCACAGCGUGGCCAUCCUGGGCUUCAACUCCCCAGAGUGGUUCUUCUCGGCGGUGGGUGCAGUGUUUGCGGGGGGCAUCGUCACGGGCAUCUACACCACCAGCUCCCCCGAGGCCUGCCAGCACAUCGCCCACGACUGCCGUGCCAACAUCCUCGUGGUCGACUCGCAGAAACAACUGGAGAAGAUCCUGAAGAUCUGGGGAAACCUGCCCCACCUGAAGGCGGUGGUCACCUACCGGGAGCCGCCUCCCACGGGGAUGCCCAACGUGUACGCGAUGGAGGAGGUCCUGGAGCUGGGGGGAGAGGUGCCGGAGGUGGUGCUGGACAGCAUCCUCGAGGCUCAGCGGCCCACCCAGUGCUGCGUGCUGGUCUACACUUCGGGCACCACGGGCAGCCCCAAGGGCGUGAUGCUGAGCCAAGACAAUAUCACCUGGACAGCACAGUACAGCAGCCAGGCAGGCGACAUUCAGCCAGCAGAAGUCCAGCAGGAGGUGGUGGUCAGCUACCUGCCCCUCAGCCACAUCGCUGCCCAGAUCUACGACAUGUGGACGGGCAUCCAGUGGGGCGCCUUGGUCUGCUUUGCUGAGCCGGAUGCCCUGAAGGGGAGCCUGGUGAACACCCUCCGGGAGGUGGAGCCCACGUCCCACAUGGGGGUGCCUCGCGUGUGGGAGAAGAUCAUGGAGCGGAUCCAGGAGGUGGCAGCUCAGUCCAGCUUCCUGCGCCGCAAGAUGCUGUUGUGGGCCAUGUCGGUCACCUUGGAGCAGAACCUGACCUGCCCAGGCAGCGACCUGAAGCCCCUCGCAGCCAGGCUGGCCGACUACCUGGUGCUCGCCAAGGUGCGCCAGGCGCUGGGCUUCGCCAGGUGCCAGAAGAGCUUCUACGGCGCCGCGCCCAUGGCUGCCGAGACGCAGCGCUUCUUCCUGGGCCUGGACAUCCGCCUGUACUCGGGCUACGGGCUCAGCGAGUCCUCGGGCCCCCACUUCAUGUCCAGCCCCUACAACUACCGGCUGCACAGCGCUGGCAGGGUGGUGCCCGGCUGCCGGGUGAAGCUGGUCAACCAGGACGCGGACGGCGUGGGUGAAAUCUGCCUGUGGGGCCGCACCGUCUUCAUGGGCUACCUCAACAUGGAGGACAAGACGCGCGAGGCCAUCGACGCCGACGGGUGGCUGCACACGGGCGACGCCGGCCGCCUGGACGCCGACGGCUUCCUCUACAUCACCGGGCGGCUCAAGGAGCUGAUCAUCACUGCGGGUGGAGAGAACGUGCCCCCCGUGCCCAUCGAGGAGGCCGUGAAGACCGAGCUGCCCAUUGUCAGCAACGCCAUGCUCAUCGGCGACCAGAGGAAGUUCCUGUCCAUGCUGCUCACUCUGAAGUGCACCUUGGACCCAGACACCUCAGAGCCCACUGACAGCCUCACGGAGCAAGCCGUGGAGUUCUGCCAGAGGCUGGGCAGCAAGGCCACCACAGUGUCCGAGAUCGUGGAGCACAAGGACAAGGCCGUGUACCAGGCCAUCGAGGAGGGCAUCUGGAGGGUCAACAUGAAGGCUGCCGCCCGGCCCUACCACAUCCAGAAGUGGGCCAUUCUCAACAGGGACUUCUCCAUCUCAGGGGGCGAGCUGGGCCCCACCAUGAAGCUGAGGCGGCCCGCCGUUCUGGAGAAGUACCGCGGCCUCGUGGACGCCUUCUACCAGGAGCACAAGCCGUAGCGCGCCGGCCCCUCAGCCCCGUGGCCGCUCCCAGCUCCCCGUCCGGUCUGGCCCUCGCCCCUCCGGCGACUCGGGAGCCCCCCGCCCCGCGGCCACGUCCUUCAGGGGCCAGCCCAGGCUGCCCCGCUAACGCCGACUGUGCCGGUCAAGCUGGCAGAUUAAACUUCCUAACCACCACCCCGUCCCGGUGUUUUUGUCCAUCGAGAACAUGCCCCGCCCGCAGGCACCCCGAGGCCCUGCCAGGAACAGGGAGGACACAGGUGUGGUGGGUUUAGUCUUUAUUAGCACGACCCCGAGAGCGAGGUGAGUAGCACAAGCCAGCGCACGGGAAGCAGCGACUGAAACACAGUGAGGCUACGCGUCUGCGCCAG